GUAUUUAGCCUGAAGUGAGGGAUGGUGAACUUAUUAGUCAGAGUUAGAGACAGCUAGGGGAGGGAAAGGAAAAGAGAGACAGGCAGAGAGGGAGGGAGAGAAAGGACAUCCGUGGCUCAGAGGGGGGUUACAUACACAUCACUCGGGUGAGGGAAGCAGAGUAGGAAGAGAGAGGAGGGGGAAAGGAACGACAAAAAGAAGGAAAGGACACUACACUGUUUGUUUUCGUUUUUAUUGCUUUGUAUUAGAGGGGGGGAAAUGAACGGAUAAAUCUUUGUAAACGGCUUCCAUCUUUAUUUGAAGGAAAACAGUGGGCCACGAGGAAGACGCUGGAGUUUGAAGUGAUUUGAGCGUUUGUGGCUUACUUUCUAAAGCAAAGGGAGACACGCGGUUUGCAGUCCUGUAAGUGCUUAGCGACUUGAUAUAUUGUGACAAGACCAAGCGGAAAAAACAUCCAAAUAUAGAGGUAACUUUAUAUGACUUUAGAAAUAGUAUUAAGAAGUUGCCAAAUGCCAUUGAGUUCUGCGAGAAGGAAUAAAAAAUAGCUCUGUUAGUGGCCUUUUAAAUCACACUGCUCAGCAAACACGGGGAAGAAAACCUGAUCUACUGUAUCAGCCGGUUAUUCACCGAAUAUUAGCGGACUAUGGCGGCGUUAACAAGUCCAGAAUCGAGCCAGCAAGCUCGCGUUUACUUCCAGACGCCCCCCGGUUCAACCGAAGAAGCCGAGACCCCGGUCCGCAAGCAAGGACGGGUCACAGUAAAAUACGACCGGAAAGAACUGAGAAAGAGACUUAAUUUGGAAGAGUGGAUUAUUGACCAGCUAACGGAUCUCUACGACUGUGAGGAGGAGGCGAUUCCAGAGCUGGAGAUUGAUGUGGAUGAACUGUUGGACAUGGAGAAUGAUGUAGACCGUGCUGCAAGGGUCAAGGAACUGCUGGUAGACUGUUAUAAACCUACUGAAGAGUUUGUAGCUGAAUUGCUGGACAAGAUCCGUGGCAUGCAGAAGCUCAGUACUCCUCAGAAGAAAUGAAGCUUCUCCCACCUCCACCUUUCCUUAACCAAUCUCAUCCCUCCUUUUCCAAUUUUAGGGGCGUGACCUUUCACCCCUGAGCAGGUGCUCAUCCAAUCCCAUUGCCUCUUGCAUCCAUUGGGGAGGAGGUGGAGGCAAAAUGAUGGGAGAUUCAAUCAGAUCUUUAUAAGCAGGGCUUAUUUUUCUAAUUUUGUUGGUUUUAUUUGUAUUAUUUUAUUCUAUUUCACUUUUUUUUGUAAAGGGGGAAACAUUUCAUUGUUUUGAAAUGUUUUAAAAUGUAUUCCAUGUUAGUAUACAUUACUGUGCAUAUUAUCUUUAUGCAUAGAAUGGUUUUAUUUUAUGAAUUUGGAUUGUUGUUAGAAUUUUGUUUUAAUUUGGGUUCAAAGCUCUGUCUCAAUGAACACAUGGACUAAAAAACCUUUUGUGAAACCGUGACAAUACUUGGUUUCAAAUGACAUCAGAAGAGAUUUUUUACCCUCUGUUUUUGAUUCUCCUGUUCCAUGAAUAAGUGUGCAGGAACAUUCAUGAACAUUUUAAUAAAAAAAAAAAAAGGAAAACUAAUAAAGAGAGUGAUUAAAGCGGAUUUAAAGUGAGGGGGUUACUUUGGAUUUGUGGUAUUAACAGAGAAGGGAGCUGUGUGUAG